AUGGCUAGUAUGCCGACCGCAACGGACGGCCUACUGGCCGCCUGGCAUACCUACCGUCUGCCUCUCCUCAUUGCCCUCUCCACCCUGUUUGUCGCCCUUCGUGCCUAUCGCAAGGUCCAGUCGCGAUCCAAGACCCCGACUGCGGCCUCGAUUCCCUCCUCGCCCCGCAGUCAGUCCCCAGAGAAAACCCCGAAGCUCCACGAGCCGACCGAGAAACAAACCCCACCAUCGAUCCCCACGAACAACCCCAAGAUCGCUCGCAAUGCCGAACCCUCCAAGCCAUCAUCAGGCCCCAAGCGCGUCCAGGGCAAGAAACCGGCCAAGACGGUCUCCGGUCGCCGCGCGAUUAGCGAGGAGCGCCACCCUUUGUCCAUUCAGCCCGUCAUUUUUUUUGCCUCGUUGACGACAACGACGGAGCGCUACGCCAAGAUCCUGCUGGAGGAAUUGCGUGCGGUGGCACAGAAACGAGCAGAUCUAGAGAACCGCGACUAUGGCCUGUUACCCCCGCAGAUCCACGACAUCUCCUACAUCGACUUUGACGACUUCUUCGCCGCCGCUCCCAAGCCGCCAGCGACGUCCCCCGGUACUCGCUACCUUUACUGCAUUCUGAUCCCCACGUAUAACAUUGAUACGGUCUUGAACACGUUAUUGGGUCACUUGGAUGAGAUCCAUAAUGAUUUCCGCAUCGACACCGCGCCCCUUACCCAAUUGGCGGGUUAUUCCGUGUUUGGUUUUGGUGACAAGGAGGAGUGGCCCACCGAGGAGGAAGGCUUCUGUUCCCAGGCGAAGGAAGUCGAUCGCUGGAUGGCGAAACUCACCGGUCGCAAGCGAGCGUAUCCAUUGGGAAUGGGUGAUGUCAAGAGUGAUGCCGAGGCCUCGUUGAAAGAAUGGUCUCGAGGACUUCAGAAUACCAUUUUCGAUAUUCUGGAGAGUGGAGGUCUCGGGGAGGGUGUUCCGGGAAGUGGUGAUGCCGUCGAGAGCGAUGAAGAGGAUCUGGAAGAUUUGGAGGACAUGGAAGACGAGUCCCGCAGCAGAAAGAAGGGCGGUUCGACAAUGGUGGACCUGGAGGACAUCAAGAUGAAUGGAGACUCGGCUGGCCCGAUACCUAUUGACUUCACUACCACAGGCAAGGCCGUAUCCGCAGAGGCCACUGCGAAGGAGAUGGUUCCCAAGACCUCACCGACUUAUGCUGCUUUGACGAAACAGGGUUAUACUAUUGUUGGAUCACACUCUGGCGUCAAAAUCUGCCGAUGGACCAAGUCCGCGCUUCGUGGCCGUGGGUCAUGCUACAAAUUCUCAUUCUAUGGCAUCAAAUCUCAUCUCUGCAUGGAGGCGACACCUUCGCUGUCGUGCAGUAAUAAGUGUAUCUUUUGCUGGCGUCACGGUACGAACCCCGUCGGGACUACCUGGCGAUGGAAAGUCGACUCGCCCGAGUUGAUCUUCGAUGGUGUCAAGGAAGGUCACUACAAGAAGAUCAAGAUGUUGAAGGGUGUGCCUGGCGUGCGUGCAGAGCGGUUUGCUGAAGCCAUGCGAAUUCGUCACUGCGCGUUGAGUUUGGUCGGCGAGCCCAUUUUCUAUCCCCAUAUCAACCGCUUCUUGGAUAUGCUGCACGAGGAACGCAUUUCCAGCUUUUUGGUCUGCAAUGCCCAGCAUCCCGACCAGCUGGAGGCGCUACACCGCGUGACUCAGCUCUACGUCUCCAUCGAUGCCAGCAACCGCGAGAGUUUGCGAAAGAUUGAUCGCCCGUUGCAUCGUGAUUUCUGGGAGCGAUUCCAGCGCUGUCUGGACAUUCUCCGAGAGAAGCGUCACAUCCAGCGGACCGUUUUUCGAUUGACCCUCGUCAAGGGUUUCAACGUCGAGGACGAAGUAAACGGAUAUGCUGACCUGGUCGAAAAGGCCUUGCCGGGUUUGGUCGAGAUCAAGGGUGUCACCUUUUGUGGAACUAGCACUAGUGCAGGCGCUGGCCUGACUAUGAAGAACGUGCCUUUCUACGAAGAAGUCUCUGCGUUCGUCGUUGCUCUGAAUGAGGAGCUGCAACGACGCGGUCUCAAAUACGGAAUUGCCGCCGAGCAUGCUCACAGCUGCUGUGUCCUACUUGCCUCGGAACGCUUCCAUGUGAAUGGCAAGUGGCACACUCGCAUUGACUAUGACCGGUUCUUUGAACUCUUGGAGAGGGAGAAGAAGGACGGUAUUUCAUUCUCGCCCGAGGAUUACAUGCGUGAAACCGAGGAGUGGGCUCUUUGGGGCCGUGGUGGCUUCAAUCCCGAUGAUGAACGAGUCUUCCGUAAGGGCCGCGAUGCUAACUCUCGGGCUCGUAAAGCCCAGGAGAUUCUUGGAACUAGCAUUGCGUCGUGA